AUGAAGUUGAUUCGCGGCCGCUCGGUCUUACCGGUGGCGGUGUCGCUUUUGUUAGCGGUGGCGGCGAUUCUGUUGCCCGGGGCCGGUGCGACGAGCUGCAGCGUCUUGGAUUCGUGCGGAGCUUGCAGAAACACGACCCUCUGUCACUGGUGUCCGGACCAGCAGUGCCACGUUAUCGGGAGCUUUCAUGGCUGUGCCUACGGGACAUACUGCUACAACAACAACCAGUGCCAACGUGAACUGCCCGAGUUCAAAGGUUACGAGGCCCCGUCCAUCGCCGUCCUGCUCGGCGUGUUUCUGGUGGGCAGCACGACGCUCUUCUGCGGCAUCGCCGGGAUCUCCAUUGCCCGCGAGUACGCCAAAGAGUCGGCCGCCACCCGCCGGCAGAACGCCCUCAGGGUGACGACCUUCUCCCCGGACCGGUCGGUCAGGCUCACGGCUGCGGAGCCCUCCGGAGACGGCGGUUACAUCACGCUGGCCGGCGACGACGAUUCCGAAGAACACGACGACGACGCCGAUGAUGAGAGCAGCGUCCUCAUGCGUGGCGGCGGGAUCGGCACUAGAGGUCCCUCCGGUCCCUCCGCCGCAGAAGAAGGCGGAGCAGAGGCCGCCGCCGCCACCGCCACCGCCCCGGCGGUGCCGAAAGGAAAGAGGGACUUCGGGCGGGCCGGGGCCAGGAGGGUAGGCCGCAGCACCAGCAGAACGCGUCGCCGCCGCCGCCGCCGGGAGGCGGCGGAGGCCGAAGCGCUUUCCGGCCCCAGCCCGCUCGCGCGCAAGGUUUACUGCGUGACCCGGCUGGUCUGCGGCACUAGUAUGGCAGUGGCUUCGCUGAUGUGCGGGGUGGUUAUUGGGUUCGCUCCCCACGCCCCCGGCGUGAACGUGUGCAACACGGAGUUCGAUUGGGGUUCUAUCGUCCACUCGAUAAAGUCGGCGGGCGUGGAGGCGGACUUCCAGAUUCUCGUGAGCAUCUACAACCCUAACGUGCUCAACGCGGAGAUCGAGACGGGGUCUGCCCUCCUCUACCACGGGGAUACUGAGGUGGGCGUGAUGGCGUUCGAACCGGCGCUCCUUGCGGGGGGCUACGUGACGGACAUCCUGCUGACCAUCACCUUCAAGACCGAGGUCUGGGAAGAGGCGCACCUAGGCUUGGAGUACGAGACCGGGCAGCUGGCCUUCCUGAUGGACGCGACGAUAUCGGCGUCGGUGAUGUGGCACGGCUACAAGACCUACCCCUUCACCUUCUCGAUUAACAACUACUACAUCAAGGUCGCAGACACGACGGGCUACGACCGGAGCCUGUGCAACUGCACGCAGAUGAUGCAGGGCGGCAAGCGUCCGCAGCAGGAGCGGCCGCAGCUGCGCUACGACCAGGUGGCCGAGCUCCCGUUUGAUGUUGCCGGUGACGGCGGCGGUGGUGCUCAGACUGCAGGAGAGGGAGAGGACCGACAGGACGCUCUAACGGCCGCGGAGGGAGUUCUGCCGCCCACGAUGCGCGACGAUGUCGGGAGCAGGGUAGCUGUAAAGCAGUAGCAUCGAAACUUCGGGGGGAGGGGGGGGGGGGGGGACGGCGAUGGAACUUUGUGAGUCACAGGUCGGAGCACAAAAUUCGCCGAUGGAGAAAGACGAAUCCGGGCUUCUGGGUCCUUGGACGAGCGGGAGUCAAGCAACUAUUUGUGGCUUCGGUUUUGGGCGGAGGGUGUAGCUUGUCCGAGUGGUACGGUGCGAGCGAUUCCACGACGUCCGCGCUUGUCCCACUAUCACUUGUGUUCGUGAGGUUUGUUGGAACUGGGGCGGCGGCGGUCAAGCGCAUGGGAAGCUGUUGGUGGGGUUGUUGUCCUCCUGAAGGAAGGCGUGAGUUCGUCAAGAGAACGAAAGGUGGUGUGUGUACUAAACUGGUGGUAUGCUACAAGAGUAUGCACCGGUGCAAAAGUAUGCGCGGUUGGACGGGAUCUUACUUUCCGAAGGCGCGCUCGAUCUGCUCGCUUCUGGACUCCCGAUUACGCCUCCAGCCAUUUACCGGAGGAGACCACUCAAGACAACACCCCUUCGGCCUGCGCCCUCUUCUAUGUAUAUCAUUAUGGGCUGGGGUUGAGUGGAGAGCGCGUGCCGGAGGGCCGUGGAACGCCUGUCUUCGCAUACAGAGAAAAACGAACCGGUGGCAUGGGACGGCACGCACCGUGCCGUGGCCACGGGCGGCAUGAAGCGGUGGUGUAGAUGAGCGUGCCGCGAUAGGGCAAGGGUAACGCGGGGGGCUUUGGAGCAACACGGGGCGCCCUUGUUUCAAGUCUGCGUUUUCGUCUUUGCGGGUUUCUUCCUUGGUUCCUCGCGCGCGCUUGUCCGGGGAACGAUUCGGGAAAAGAGCCUAUCUCUCGCUGCUCCUCGUGCAAUUGUCUUUCUAUUUUGUUGUUGUCUUGAUAGUAUCGAUCGAUCGGCUUUGCCAGCCUUUUUCGAGUCGAUGCAUGUGUAUGGCAAAUGAAUCCCAUGUCUAGUGGAUCGUGUAAGUAGCUCUUUGCCUUGUCGUUACGGUUGUUGUUGUCUUCGUUCUGUUCUGGGGUGCGCGAGGGGAGGGAUCGCCGCAUCUCAGGAUCACUUCAAAAGACAAGACCGUCAUCCAGGAGAGGUUAAUGUAUUUAGUUGGGAAAUUAUUCCCGGACACAAAUAGCGCGAGGGUCGAACGGGAGGUUGUACAUGGGCGACUGUUCAUUAGUCAUUGCAUGCAGUCCAUGUGUUCGCGUUGACGACACCGACGAAAGGACGAAUGGUGUUUGCGCCCACGUGUAGUCUUUAUUUGUGCCUGUCAAGAACGUCGAACGAACGUUCGACAGCGUUUGGGUAGGUGUUGGUGGUCUGUCUUCCCCGGGCGUUUCGCAAAUGAUGGCAAUAAUCUUGUGUCACGCUGUAGUUUUGGUAAGUAGGGAAUUGCAUGCCUUCUCUUUAGCGUGAGAUGCUGCCCAGUGCAGAAGUCCACCAGGCCCCUUGGGUGGUUGUGUAUAUAUGGUACCAAGCAUCAUGCCCUCUCUGUAGAGGUCGGCCCGUAACACCAGCAAAACUGCUGCUUCCACGCGUUCAAGCGAAAACCAGUGCCUUGAUUUGGACACAGGAUGUAAAUAGACGCGACGCGGGCAUUCUUCUCUUCUUUGUGACUGUUGUGUUUUUGCCGGGGGGUCAGAUGGCGGUGGCGGAACUUUCCUCUCAACCCACCCCCUGCUGCUGGGUGAGGCUAUCAAACUUUUUUUUUGGUGCAGGUCAUUUGUUUGGCUCUCAAAGGCCCUGGCAUGUUGUGUUCAUGUCCUGGCGGGGGUGAAAAAAGGCUCGGUCGUCGGAUCCGGCGUGCCCUUUGAAUUUGAACCAAGGUUUUUCUUUUUCUUUGUGGUCGUUCGCUAGUCGUGUUUGUUUGUGGUUCUCGCUUCGCCAGGGCCGGCAGAAUGCGGAAGUCUUGUUUUCAUCGUGUGCCAUGUUCUUCCUUCCGCUGUGCCAUGAUACGCGCCAUGGACGGUGUACUGCAGUGUGAAUCCGGUCAUGGCUCCUUUUCUCACCAACACUUUUUUUUGUUGUGCAAACGAAUGGGGCACGAGUAUUUCCAGGAUACACAGAAAAAGGUCGACUCAAUGGUCGACAAGGGAAGGGACACAUGUCCUUCUCCUGAUACAAAAUAGGGCAGGCACCGCCAAAGGAAAUUCACACCUACGUAAACAUAAAGAGAGCCUCCGUCGUGUGCAAACCCGUGUGUCCCAUCAUACCGAAAGUCUUUUCAUAAAGCCGACGUCCAGAUUAAAUGGGACUUAACGAAUAUGCCUCCAUCUUCAAAACUACUGUAGAAGGCACGGGAGAUAAUGUCGUCAAUGUUUGGUUCUUCGAACAUGGUGCUUUUCAGCCAAGUGCUUCACACACUGGUGAAAAUUAUUUGUUGACGUUCACUCGACGGACCGACAAAUGUGAUGGGUCUGUCUCAUCCGAAAGAAAAGUAACAAGGAGUUACGAGUUUUCUCGGCGAAAGAACGACGGCUGGCUGUCGUAGCGUUUUGUCACCACCUCACGACAUCCAUCCGUAAAAAGCGUUUUGACUCUACGAACAGCGUCGUACUCCACCCACACAGCGUGCGCCCACCCCAUGUUAAUGCUUGGUUUCCGUUAGCGUUUCUUCCUUGGUGCCACGCCUGCACGCCAAGAACGGUCGUGAACACCUCCACCAGCCUCUGCGUUCCUCGUUAAUCAAUCGUGCUUGGGUUUUGUGUAUGGGACGGACGACUACCACGGCCUUUCUCUAGCGUGCACUUGACAGAUCAGCUGCUGCUGCCCCUCCCCCACAGGCACAAAACCACUUUUCUUCGGUGGGAGGAACACGCACGCACAGCGCGGUCGAUGCUAAUUCAAACACAUAGUACACAAAACACACCAACAGUGAUCGUGUUUCUGUGAAGGGACUUCAACAAGAGAUA